GCCGAGCCACACUCCCCAAUAUUUAAACACCCCCUUUAUCCCUUCUUUCCCAUACUGCAAUUCUUCUGUAUCAUGUCGAUUAACUUUUUCAAGGGCCACCCGACGGCCGAUUUGCUCCCGUCUGCGGCGCUUUCUGCGGCGUCGCAGGCUGUUUUCCAACGCUUCCAGGAAGACCCGUUCCAGUACGAAAACGACCCAAACAACACCCACCCCUUGCAGUAUGGUACCGACAGAGGUAAUCUCGCGGUUAGAGCCAAGUUCGCAAAGUGGAUCGACCGCACAUUUACCCGCGCAACCGCGACGGACGCGGACUGUCUCAACCUCACGGGUGGUGCGUCCUACGGGAUUAUGAACUUGCUCGCACAAACCACCUCGCAGAGCUACACACGCCGCGUGUUUAUUGUUUCACCAACCUACUUUUUGAUCAAUGGGACGUUUAUUGAUGCGGGGUUCGGUGGUAAGCUCACAGCGAUCGAAGAGCAACGCGGCGGCGUGUUGGAUCUCGCGUACUUGGAGACGCAAUUGCAGCAUUAUGACUCCGUCUCGCCAAUUGAGACCACCCCCACCUUCUCUGACGCCAUCCCAUCGAUGCGCGAUCCGAGAAGAGCUAACAGGCGUCUUUACCGUUACGUCAUGUACCUUGUUCCGGCGUACUCCAACCCGCGCGGUGGCUCCUACGACCUUGCGACACGCACGCGGCUCAUUGAGUUGGCCAGGAAGCACGACGUGCUUUUGGUCUGUGAUGACGUUUACGACUUGUUGUCGUUUGAUACGCCUCUUGAUCAGCCGCCGCGUCCGCUUGCGCGCUUGGUCGAACUUGACAGAGAGUCGAUGGCUGACAAAGCGGACUAUGGUCACACCGUGAGCAACGGCACAUUUUCCAAGUUGAUUGGCCCGGGCUUGCGCGUGGGCUGGCAGGAGACCGUGUCGCCGCUCUUGAGCAACCAACUUUCGCAAGGUGGGGCCAACAAGUCCGGGGGCUCGCCUGCGCAGUUGAACACGUGCAUUGUUGGCGAGCUUGUGGAGAGCGGCCAGCUCGACGAAGUGAUUCAGACGUUACGCGCGACGUAUGCGAAGCGUGCACAGUGUGUGUUUGAGUCGAGUAAGUUCUUGCCCACUGGUACCGUGGUGGAGGGCGGCCAGGGUGGUUACUUUGUGUGGAUCACCACUCCCGAGGGCUUGGAUUGUCGCCGGGUCGUAGAGUUAUGCAAGGAGCAGGGUGUGGUUUUGGCUGGCGGUGACAAUUUUGAGGUUACCGGCGAUGAGCGCGGCUGGGGCGACCGUUCUGUCAGACUUUCUAUCAGUUUGUUGAGCGAGAAGCAGAUCAUACAGGGGAUGCGCAUUUGGGGAUCGGUCAUCCGCAAGUUGAAAGAGGAGCAGGAAGAACCAGAGCAAAAGACUGUAUGAAUUGGAGCUCGGUUAUUUAGUUGAGAUAUACAUUGGUCGAAAGUGGCACUAAAAUAAUGUUCUGAUAUCCAUUUGCAGACUAGCCUGUAGGGAAUUCUUUGAAGGACUGCGC